AAGGUAAAUGUAGGUUUGACGUAAAGUUGACGCUAACGUUAAGUCGUCUCAUCAUUAACGCUAACAUUUGGUUUCAGCAAUUGCAAAGAACACUAACUAGCUCAUUUAUGUUAUCUAGUGGUGUUUUAACGUCCAAACGAAGCAACUUGUAGUGUAACAUGUUUUUGUGGUUUUACCUAUGGACAGUAUAAAAAAAGUUAACCUUACGUGGGUUCAGGUUAAGCUAACGGUCAUUUUAACGUUACCGCUACCUGUUACGUUUACGUGAGUAACGUGUGAUCUGCGUGAAGAGUGACAUCUCCCAGGAGUCAUUUGUGUGCUAUCAACAAUCAUGGAGAACUCCUCGGAUGAUUACAGGAUCCAGGCUUUUGACCCAGAUACACAGAUGCUGCUGAAGACAGCCUUGAAAGAUCCAAGCUCAGUCAACCUGGAGAAGGUGUCUAAUAUCAUCAUGGAUCAGUCUCUAAAGGACCAGGUGUUCAGCAAAGAGGCCGGGCGCAUCUGCUACACCAUCGUUCAGGCCGAGGCCAAGCAGAACAACGGGAACGUGUUCAGGAGGAACCUGCUGAACCGGCUCCAGCAGGAGUUCAAGGACCGCGAGGAGACGAGGGGGCGCUCGCUACAGGAGUGGGUGUGCUACGUCACGUUUAUCUGUAACAUCUUUGACUACCUCAAAGUGAACAACGUGCCGAUGGUUGCUCUGGUCCAUCCUGUGUUUGACUGUCUGCUGAGGCUGGCCCAACCAGACGCUCUGAUGAACGAGGAAGAGGUUGACUGCCUGGUGCUGCAGCUGCAUCGCAUCGGUGAGCAGCUAGAGAAGAUGAACAUCCAGCGCAUGGACGAGCUGUUCUUCUUCCUGCGAGACGGCUUCCUGCUCCAGGAGGGCCUCACCUCCAUGGCCCGUCUGCUGCUGCUGGAGAUCCUGGAGUUCAGGGCGGGAGGCUGGAUGCUCAGCAGCACCGCCCACAAAUACUACUACAGCGAAAUCGCCGACUAGGAUGUCUCGAGUGGCUGUUUUUCAGGUGCGCUAGCCAACCCUGGAGCACCUUGAAUGAUACCUCCUCUACGGAUUAUAAAACCAGCAAUCUCCAAACAGAGUGACGACCUCCAGUUAAUCAGUGAAGGGUUCUGUAAAGACUGAUCAAAAAGAGACUGCUGGGUGUUUCCCCGAGGGAAGAGUUAAUGGAGACGCGGUGCCCUGGAUGUGUAAUGUGCAAUAGUUCACAAGGAGUUGAAGUUAUGUUUACGAGGUUUAGCCACAUUCAGGUAUACCGUAAGUUCGCUAACAGCUAAAGAAGCUGAAGAUAUUUUUAUGUUGUUUUUUAAUACCUUGUAGACAUUCCUGUUUUCAGACAUUUCAAAGUCCAACUUCUUUUUUAACCAAAUCCAAAAAGGCUUGAGCGGACAUUCCAGUCAGAUACAUGCUGAUUUUGGUCUUUGCUUUACUUUUUAUUGUGUGACCAAUUUUUUAAUUUAAUUCCAAAACAUUAUCUUACUUCAUUAGAUGAAUAUUUUAGAAUAGAAAUGAAGAAUUUCAAAGGUUUGAAAUGCUGUUCCAAGGAAUUUUCUGCCUAGUUUUUCUGAUAGGAUUCUUGUGUUACGGCGUUUUUUUUAAAAGAAGCAUUUUGUCCUGUUUCAGGGAUCUUUUUUUAUUCUUUGUGUUGCAGCUAAACUUGCGAGUAGAACGCCAAGAGAUGGAAAAAGUUGGAAAGUAAAACAUUAUUUUACUGAUCGAGGAGUCAGAUGUUCCCUGAUUUCUUCAUUGUGUUUAACACGAAAAGCAGGACACAUGAGCUUUGUAAUCAGCUACUCUCUACAAUCGUAGGAGACGUUUGUAUUCCCUCUCCCUUAACACAGAUCAGAUAUGAGUAAGGCGCUUGUGGGAAGUUCCUCUCUGUAGAUUUCAGGUUCUACCACCUCUCACACCGCCAUGUAGCUGAGCUAUGUCUGUUGAAUCUCUGCCAGCUGGAGCUGUGCCACAGAGUAGGACAGACCGAAUACAUUAACUGAAGAGUUGAUGUUGAAGCUGUUUGUAAAAAAUGCCAAAUAUCAAAUUGUUAAGACAAAUCAACCUGAAAGAAAACAUCUGUGGUAUUUCAUUAAGAGCCCUGCUGUGAUCAGGAUGAAGGAAAUUAUCUACUGCAUCUCCUUUAAUCCUGUAUUUUCGUUGUGUUUUAAGAUUUUACACACAACCUUUGAUAUUUGACUCCGAUAGAGUUUGCAAAAACAAAGUAAGGCGAGGUACUUGAAUGCUGUAUUAAAGUGAUCCCACAGAGGCAACGUGUGAAUAACUCAGUUUGGAUGCUGUAGACAUUAACAUUCCCGACAGGACACAGAACUGACUGCAAUAUCUGUUUCUAUGUUUUAUUAAACUGUUACAUUUUUACAUGACUUUGUUCCAUUUUUAUGAUUGGGUUGUUUAUUAAAUGCAAAUUUAUUUGUUCUAAUAAACCUGGAUUUUUCCUUAA